AUGACUUCUAUAAAAGAGCAGGCAGCGAUUAGCAGGCUCUUAAGUUUUUUACAGGAAUGGGACAAUGCUGGCAAAGUGGCGAGGAAUCACAUCCUCAACUGCUUCAUCGAAAACAACCAAGGCAAAACUGCCCCUGAGUUGGAGCAGGAGUUUUCCCAGGGAGCGAGCUUGUUCCUGGUACGCUUGACCACCUCGCUUAGAAUCACCUAUAUGACUGGCUCAUGUUUAGAAAAGCUUCUAAGGUCCAUUGGCAUCUUCUUAUCGGCUGUAAGCAGUAAUCGGUACCUUACAGAAUUUCUUGAGGUUGGAGGUGUCCUAACGCUCUUGGAAAUACUUGGGCUGGAGAAAAUCGAGGAGAAGGACAAGAAAGAGUCCAUCAAGCUGCUUCAGGUUGUUGCAAACGCUGGCAGGAAGUACAAGGAGCUCAUCUGUGAGAGCUAUGGCAUACGAUCCAUAGCAGAAUUUUUGGCAAAGUCUAAAUCAGAAGAGACCCAGGAGGAAGUGCAGGUUCUGUUGGAUUCUUUGGUCCAUGGUAAUCCCAAGUACCAGAAUCAAGUGUAUAAAGGUCUAAUAGCUUUGCUGCCCUGUGCGUCGCCCAAAGCUCAGCAGCUGGCCCUGCAGACUCUCAAGACUGCCCAGUCGAUCAUCGGGACCACACACCCCAGCAUCGUGGACUGCGUGCUGAAGGUGCUGGGCACGAUGCACCUGGAAGUGCAGUAUGAAGCCAUCGAGCUGAUCAAGGACCUGGUCAACUACGACGAUGUGCGCCUGGCGCUGCUCAAGGGCCUGGUGGCGCUGCUGACACCGUCCCUCAAGGAGACCUCCAAACUGCAGGCCAAGAUCCUCAGUGACUCCUCGGUUCUCCAGCUCACCGCCCACCUGCCUGUGUUCUUGCAGCAGGCUUCAGCCGCCAAGACCAUCGGGGUCCUGGCGCGCAGAGACUUGAGCAUCGCGGAGGAGCUGCUGCACCUGCGCGUGGUGCACAGCCUGAUGGCCACCAUGGGCAACACGGACCAUAGCAACAGCCAGCGGCUGGCCAGCCUCACGCUGGAGUACUUCGUGCAGAUGUUCCCCCUGGUGGAGGAGCACGUGCGCAGAUCCAUGGGGGAGGAACUCUACCAGCUCUUCCUUAGCAACCCUGAGGACUUGUACAUGAAAAUAGACAGCAUUCAGGCAGACAUCUUGGCGGCCAACAAAGUCAACCUUAGCAAAGCACUAUACCUCUACAGCAGAAGCUGCAGCGAUGUGAGCUCUCCCUUUGGCCCUCAUAGUGCGGAUGAGAUGGCCUACGUCACACACUACCAGGAGGAUGUGAAAUCCAAGGAGUAA